ACUCUUUCCACGACCUACUCUUGGUGUCGCACAUCACAUUACUCUCCCUCUAUCCAUCUUAACGUAUCGCCCAGCAAGCAAGCAUACGCACGCACUCUCAAGCUUGACCGAACCCCCUCGUCAAGCCACACCUCCCACGGGCUAACCGACAUCUCCACCAGCUUGGCACACGCCUCGCACGUCCACUCUCGCUCGUCACUACCCCGGCCUGCACAUCGCAGCACCACCUGCAGCCAUGUCAACCUUUGCCUUCCCCACCAUGCCCGCCCAGCAAAUGGGUAACGUGCCCGGCCUCGCCGAGCUCUUCGCCUUUGAAGCUGUCCCCGACCUCGUCCCCAACAACGCCGCCACCAACAUGGACGUCAUGGACUUCCUCAACUUUGACGAGGAGAUUCUCCAGCACGCCGAGAGCUCGCCCGAGUCAAAUCCUCCCAACCACACUCCUUCGCCCCACGCCUUCGAGUCCGAGCCACACACGUACGAUGCUGGCGCGUUCAUGUUCGACUUUGGGGAGGAGAAGAAGCCCCAGCAGAACGGCAGCAGCAGCCAGACCCAGGAGAUUCGCGUGAAGCAGGAGGUCGAAUCACCAGCAAAGUCGUCGUCGACGCCACCGGUUCCCCAGCCACAGCACGCGGCGCCUGCCCAGGACGGCGCCCUUCCCGCCGACCAGCAGGCUGCUCUCCAGCAGCUCCUGGCAAGCUUUGUCACGUAUCAGCAGCAGUUUGGCCUCGGCAUGAACAACAACCUCCCUGCCGCGCCUGCCGCUGGAUCGAUCGACCCUUCGCUCGUGUUUGCCACCGACCCCAUCCCCUCAAUUUCAUCCCUCACCCCCGCUUCCAGCGCCGCUCCUACCGCCGCGCCACAGUCCGUCCCGAGCCUCCAGGUCACGCCACCCGCCCCCGAGUCGAUCAACGAGCCCCUCUACGAGAUCGACUCGUUUGAGGAGCCCAUGACUGGCCGCUCUACCCGCGCCGACUCGGUCUCGAGCCUCAACUCGGCCGACGUCGAGGGCCGCAUCGACAAGCUCGUUCCAUUGUCAUCCAUCUUCAGUGCCGGUCGCGGCAAGGGUGGCAAGAAGGGCGGUGGAAUGUCGUCGGUUGUGCGUGGCGAGGACGAGGAGGUGGACGAGGACGACUCGUGGCGUCCUUCGCCCGAGGAGUACAAGAAGCUCAGCAGCAAGGAGAAGCGCCAGCUGCGCAACAAGCUCAGCGCGCGUGCCUUCCGUACCCGCCGCAAGGACUACAUUGGCACCCUGGAGGCCCACAUCAAGGACCGCGACUCGGUCAUUGACGCUAUCCGCGCCGAGCUCCUGUCCAGCCGCGCUGAGAACCAGGACCUUCGCCACGAGCUUGCCGCCCUCAAGGCCAGCACCAUGAGCGUUCUCCACCCCGAGACUGCCUCGCAGGUUGGCCAGUCGCCGGCCAUGCUCAAGGCGCUGCAGCAGACCGACGCCAAGCCCCAGCCACCAACCCCCGUUCGCCGCAACACUGGCUCGUCGUCGCUCAGCCCCAUCAACACCCGCAAGGAUGUCGGCGCGUUCGAUGUCACUCGCGGCUUCUGGGGUGGCAACGAGAACCUUCUCGGUGGCGGUGGCAGCACGAUGAUUCACGCUGCCUUCACGCCCGAGGUUGUCCUCCCUCCUCAGCCCAACAUGAACCCCCUGCUCAACUUUACGCCUUCGACUGACGCCAAGUCGGCGUCGCUCAACAACGUCGGUGACCGCGACAUUGACUCGACGUCCUUCUCCGAGUGGGCCGAGAGCACGCCGUACACGAUGAAGUCGAUGGACAACUACCGCAUGCAAAUGUGGUCGCGCCUCGCCCGUGAGGCUGCCGCCGACAAGGCCAACAUUUCGCCCGAGCUCCGUCCCAAGUUCUUCGCCGAGCCCGAGACUGGAACUGCUUCCUCGAUUGCCGCUCUUGCCUACAGCGCCACCGAGCACGUUGCGUCCAAGCUGUCGUCGUCGUUCUGGUCGGCAUUCACUGGCACGUCUGCCAAGCUCGACACGGACAAGCUUGCCGCUGUCGUCACUGGCCGUGCACGCCUCGCUGUUGUCGACGCCGACAAGGCGCCCAGCGCUCGCCGCGCCUCGUUCUCUCGCAAGGAGUCGUCUCCCAACGAGGACGCCCUCGCGCAGGCCAUGGCCGGCCUCAAGGUCACUGCGGGUACAUCAUCACCGCUCGAGUCUCUCCGCGUGCGCGAGAACCCACUAGCUGCUGUUGCAAGCUUCUUCAAGCCGUCUGUCCAGGCCAAGGCAUAGAAAUACACGCCUGUCAAGCAGCCCAACCAAAAUCAACCCAUCUCACGCACGCAUGUUACGAAAGAGACGCCCCACGCGGCGGCACCCCGCCAUCAUCGACCUGUAGUACAAUACCCCUCAAUGUUGUGUCCUUAGAGCAGUUAUUUGUUUUUUAGUUGCCCUCCUCUGCGCUUUAGCCUUUCGUAGGACUGUCAAGAGAAUGCAUGAGUGAUAUUUUCGUU